AUGUUCUUCCUAAGCAGUGUGCUGUUUCGAUCCAAAAGCAAACGGGUCCAUGUAAAUUUAAUUUCUUCAUGUGCGAGCAACUACAUCUACUCGACGUACAUUUCACCCAGCAAGUCCAAAUUCCGCAUGUCCCUGAGGAAGCACGACCCCGUAGUUAACCGCCACGUGUUCGUGCCCCAGCCAAGCGCGCCAAGGGUGCCAAGCGUGCAAAGGCGUGUUCCCAUACAUCUCCCUUUGCAACCAGCUUGUACAGCCAAAACGUGUCCUCAUGUGCAUACCCAUGUGCAGUCCUCACUCCCUUUCACGCGCCUCUCCCCCCUCUGCAGCAUGUUCUACCAAAAGCACACAAAGUCCAAGUCGAAAAAGAGGCUAACCAUGCACGGGAUUAAUUAUGCGCGCUUUACAGGAAAAAACAAAAAUCUUAGACCCCUGUUGAAGAGAGUAGAGAAGUCCUACCUAUUCGGGAAAUUCAACAAGCUCAUAGACAACACGUACAGGUAG